AUGUCUGGAGUUCGACAGCAACGGUUUUACAGCUAUAAUGCCGCCGCCGACGACCAGCAAGACCGAUUGCGCAUGAUACGGAUCCCUGUUCAAUCUUUUUUUAACGACAAUAGUCAUGUACUGUUAGAAACUUUUUCCAUCAACACACAGAUCAACCAGCGCAGCCGGUUUCCCCCACACGAUGCUACCAGAGACCAUAUUGCCAGAGACGAUGAUACUAUUAUUGUUAAUACUGCAAGACGUCGCUAUCGUCGUCGCCGCCGAUAUAGCAGCAAUGAGGAUGCCGAAUUUCCGUUAGUGAGGCCUCGAAGACGUCGGGUAGGCGCGAGAUUUGCAGAGGCCGAUGUGCGAUUUCGAGUUAUGAGGAAAAGAUUUAAGGACCGCUGGAACAAGGAGUUCCCUGAUACACCAUGUGCCGAGUGCGCAACCUUGCUGCUCCCGAGGAAGCGUCAACAGAGAGCAUUCCAGGACAACCAUGAAUACGGCAUCACCAGAGUGUUCAAUGUUCCUGUGGCUGACGAACCUGGUGGCGUGAUUCUCUGCGAGGACUGUUGCAAAGAGCCCCGGGCGCCUAUAGACUGCGGACAGGUCCCUCAGUGCAUUGCUUCUCUCCCACGGCGAUCGACACUGUUCAUAUCCCCUUUCAAGUUGGAUACGAAUCUAGGAAGGACUUCAGGGUACAACUUACACACGAUCCCUUAUGUGUACCGAACUUUAUCUGGUGUUAUUAACACGAAUCCGAUUAACGAGCGAGCGAACAUGCUCUAUUCUGGCACACUUGGGGCUUAUCUGCAGAGCAGCCCACAUCGAGUAGACCAACACCAGAAUCUUGAGCAUCUAAUUCAUGUUCGCAAUUGGCUGCUGCAAAGAAACCCCGUCUUCCAAAGGAAUGAUGUGCGGGCGCAUCUACAAAUCGACCAUCCGUUACCAACUGCCGACCUCCCUGAGAACAGCGAUGAGCGUCGACCCCAAACCCGCCCGGAUAUUGUCAUGAACCCAUUUCAGUAUGACCAAGAAACGAGGAAUGAAGAUUUCCGGUAUAACAGGCUCUCCGUUGGGGCUGUCCAGGUCCCAGAGGGGCAUCGUCCAAAACCGAUGCUACUUAGAACGGAUCCAGAUGUCGAGAGACGAUUAUUACUGGGCUGCCUGGGCAUACCAAGAAAUGGAAGCUACAAGGAUCUUUCAGAAUACCAAUCGCCUUAUGCAUAA